UUUUAGCCGGCAAAACGGGCAAAACCUUGCUGCAAUUUCUGUAAUUGAUCGGUCGUGUUUUCUUUCAUCAUCGCUGUUUCUAUCCUUUAAUUUAAUGCUUUUUAAGUUCUACUUUGUUUAAAACAAUUCUAAUUUGUUCUUUCUCAAUGAAAGUUAUUGCUUGAAGCAAAUUUAACAAGUCUCCAAAAAUGCCCGACAAAGAUGGCUGUGAAAUUCCAAUUGCUGCAAGAUAUCGGGGACCGGGCCCGGCCAAGUACCUGCUGCCGCCGACACUUGGCUAUGACCCUCACGACGCCCGUCGCUGGCGCUCGCCUGCCUACAGCCUGGCCAAGCGGCUCGGAGAGAACGGUCCCGGCGUCUGCAGUCCCGGCCCAGCUCACGGCAUUGAGCCUUCCAUGAUUCGCACAGGAAAAGUGCACAACCCCACUUACGUGAUGGGGCAGCGGCUGGACCACGGGGUGCUGUUCCGGUCUCCAGCGCCCGGCACCUACUCGCCAGAAAAGUAUCCGGUGCCGCACCAGCGCUGGGCGCCCUGCUACUCAAUGUCUAAGCGCACGCAGAGUCGCAGCAGGGACUCGGGCCCUGGCCCGAGCGCCUACACCGUGCCCAACAUGAUGGGCCCGCAAAUACCGCACACAAAAUCGAACCCGUGCUACACAAUGCGACCGCAGACUUACGUCGGAGGGUUCGCCGUCGACUACGCCAAGACGCCUGGUCCGGCCAAGUACGACCCGGCUGACCCGCGCCUGGUCCGUAGCCGAGGCCCGCUCUACACCAUGCGCCCGCUCACACGCUGUGACUGGGAAGACCGCAACAAGCCCGGCCCGGGCGCCUACAGCCCCGACCAAAAGUCAGGUGCCCCCGCCUACUCGAUGGGCGUCAAACACAGCGAGUUCACGGCGCCACUCAUCCUCGAUUGUGACGCCAUGUAGGCAGUCACUGAGCAGGCGGCCGUCAGGGAGUCCCGGCGGCCGUCAGUGAGUCCCGGCGGCCGUCAGCGAGUCCCGGCAAGUCAGUAGGUGGUGAUGGGUAGGUAUACGCUGAGUGGACAGCGCUUCGAGAAACCCUCGGCAGCUUUUGAGGGGAGGCGUAUCGUCCUGUUUUAGACAAAAGAAUGGAGUGAACGCUUGCAAUGGACGAGCGACCAGUCACCGACCACGUGGUUCGGCCGAGUUAAGCCCAGCACUUCAAACUCUGGGCCACAACCGAGCGACGGUGACCUACUGAGGGACGCCUCCCGGUUGACUGGAGAAGCCAGAGCUGCCGCCCGAACGGCCCGAAGCUGGAGUUGCCGCCCGACAGGCUGUAAUCGCCGACUCCACAGACAGCCAGCCGCCAACUCCAGAAACUGCCAGCUGGCGACUUCACUGACGGUCAGCCGGCGACUUCACUGACGGCCAGCCGGCGACUUCAGAAACGGCCAGCCGCCGACUUCAGAGACGUCGCUGCGUCCUCAACGACGAAAAUUCACGCGACUUAAAUGUGAAAUUAUUUCGUAAAAUAUAAUACGCUCAUAAAUACAUAUAAUAACAGAAGGUU